UGGCCGUGAGCUUGAUUGAUGGCCCCGCCCCUAAAUCCAUAUCUACCAAUGAGAACUCUGAGGGCGGAGCCUAAUCCGGAAAUACUAAACAGAAACAAUAAAGCUCGGGAAAUGACACGUCGGCUUUGAGCUUCAACAGUCCAAAAUGCGCUUUAAGCAAAUAAAUGUUACUGUUUGUUAGACUACAGCAUAGAACAGUGUGAUACAAACAUUUUAAUCUUCUUCUGGCCCCUAAGUUCACCCUAAAAUGGAGAAAGAUACGGGUGUGCUUUUGGCAACAGAGAGGUAUGGCAGUGCACAGAGCUGGAAGUAUUUAGCAAAGGAAGGAGGGAUGGAGAGAAGGAGGGAAGGACGGGAAAGCGAAUCAAGAGGAAACACUCUUUUCGGAGUUUUUAAAGCGUUUUCCAGCUCCCUGUCAGGCACUCUGGCAACUCAGGCCUCUCUGAAAGGUGUUGGCGUCGGAAACCAGGAAGCAACCGUGGCAGCGGCCACGGUCACCUGGUUAUUAAGAGAUGGAACCGGCAUGUUGGGGAGAAUCCUCUUUGCCUGGCAGAAAGGGAGUAAGCUGGACUCUGAAGCCAAAAAGUGGAGACUUUUUGCCGACGUUCUCAAUGACAUCGCCAUGUUCAUGGAAAUCUUGGCUCCCCACUUUCCCGCUUGCUUCACUUUGGUAGUGUGCACUGCAGGAAUAUUCAAGUCCAUUGUUGGAGUGGCAGGCGGAGCGACCAGGGCAGCGCUGACCGUCCAUCAGGCGCGCAGGGACAACAUGGCCGACAUCUCUGCCAAAGACGGCAGCCAGGAGACUCUAGUGAAUUUGGCUGGACUGCUGGUCAGCUUGAUACUCAUCCCCCUCAUCACGGAUAACCCCGUACUGACUGUCAGCCUCUUCUUCCUCUUCACCACCCUUCAUCUCUUUGCCAACUACAAAGCCGUGCGUGCAGUUGUGAUGGAGAGCUUUAACGAGGCCCGGCUUUCCAUCGUGCUGCAGCAGUUCCUGAGGGACGGACGAAUCCUGAGUCCUCCGGAGGCCAACCAGAGAGAACCAGUAUUCUUUGAGCUUGGGAAAACUGCACCAAUCAAACUUGGAGUGCGGUUGCAGGAUGUUGUGCAGAGGAAACUCAAAAAAUGGCUCACGAACAUGAGGUGGAAGGACUGGACUCCGACUCGCUUCUCUGUGCUGUGCAGCCGUCACUUCGAGGAGCAGCACCUCGACAGAUCGGGGAAAAGCGUGACGCUCCGAGAGGACGCCGUGCCCACCCUAUUUUCCCCGACUGAAAACACACAGAAGAAAAAGGCCUCGGCUAACACCAAACGGAAGAGACACAAGCCGCCGGGGCCCAAAGCCUCAGAGAACGAGUCAGCUCAGUCUGCAGCCGCCCCCCCCACCAGGGCAAAGAAUCAGAACAAAGUCCUCAGCCACACAGAACAACAGCCUCCAGGCAACAGAGACCCCAGAAAACCAGAGAAAUGGAGAGUGAUAGUGGACGAAGGGUUAAUGAAGAUCCAGUCCUUCCCACAUUUCUUUCAUGGAGAUUACUGUGUCCCACAGAACAUCCACUGGGCUCCAGAUAAUAAUUUCAGAACAGAAUGCAAAGACUCAGAAAAUGUGAUUGAGGUGGGCGAGGCGUGGCAGUGGCUGGCUCUGGACGUCAGAGGCCCGCUGCCUCAGACUCUGAACGGACACAGGUACAUUUUGUCCCUGACGGACUUCUUCUCCAAAUGGGUGGAGGCCGUCCCCAUGCCCUCCUGCCUCCCUCCAGAUGUGGCCAAGAACAUCGCAGACAUCAUCGCCCACUUCGGUUUCCCGCUCAGAAUCCUUUCCAGACUUCCCCACGACAUCGUCCACAAAAUCAACCGAGAGUUAAAGGAUCAGCUGAAGGAGUCCGUGGCUCUCCUGGUGUAUCACCAGCAGACGGGCACGGCAGAUCUGAUCACGCCACAGACCAUUGACAGGAUGGUGAGUGAUCUGGUGGAGGAGCACGCAGCGGACUGGGACGUUUACCUGCCCGCCAAAGUCUUCAGUCUGUGCUUCAGAGAGCAUUCGGAGACUAAAGAGAGGCCUUUUUCACUGCUCUGCUGUAGGGGACGAGAGCCGGUUCACUCUCCCAGGGGACUGGAUUAUACUUCUUCCAAGAUCCAAGAGAGUGUUUUUGUGGACGUGUUUUUAAUGAUCCGACGUCACAAGACGACCAUCUUCACAGAUGCCAAAGAGUCCACCACAGUCUACGACCUGAAACGCAUCGUGGAAGGCAUUUUAAAGAGGGCACCCGAAGACCAGAGGCUUUAUAAGGAUGACCUGCUGCUCAGUGACACUCAGACUCUUGGAAACUGCGGCUUCACAAAUCAAACGGCUCGACCUCAGGCCCCAGCCACGGUGGGAUUAGCUUUUCGUAUCAGUGAUGAUUCAUUUGAGCAGCUGAGGAUCGAGCCCUUCUCCACUCCCCCCGAGCUGCCUGACGUCAUGAAGCCGCAGGACUCGGGCAGCACAGCCAACGAGCAGGCCGUGCAGUGAGGGAAGCCAGUGGGAUAUCCGAUGGGUCACAGGGAGGACACACAGGGGGAGGGAGGGGUUGGAUUUUUUGGAGGCGGUGCCUCAGCGGGUGACGCUUUCCAGAGUGAACGACAGAUCUUCUGCUGGGCACAAACGAUUACAAACACGGAUUCCCCUUGAAAAGCUUCAAAGUGGUAAAUUUGUCUUGAAAUUGGAGAACGCAUGACAGAAAAAAGUAGAGUUCCACACAGCACCCCUCAGAGACACCUGACGGACUUGUCGCAACACUGUCAGUCAUCCAUGGGAUUGGUGAAGGCUGAACUUAUUUAAUGAAUUUUAGACUUUAUUUGGAGUAGGGUCAGUGCCGCCUUACGUAUGGUCUUUAGUUUGCUGGCUUCAGAGUCCAAGUUGGCAAAUUGUAACAUUUUUAGGCUGUUAUGUUUGUGUGUUUCUUCAUUAAACUAUUACCAGGGUUAAUAUUUUUCUUCUUUUUUGACCUGAGUAUGUGUUGCUAGGACUUUGUGAAUUUCUAAGUUACCAUCUGUAUUUGAUAAAUUUUGAACAAAUUUCUAAAAUAAAAAUGCGCUCGCUUGUUUGCGGGUGUUAUGAUGAAAGCUUCUUUGUACUUUUGCCAGUCAGUAAUUCAUAUUUUCAUGGUGUUGCGGCCCCAAAACAGAGACUGAAAGUGAUCACAGUAAGUGGUGUGGUCAGAUCAACUUGUGUCCAGGCUGUAAAGUCUUAGAGGUGAAAUUUAGUGGCUCGAUUUGCUCAAAGUUGGCAUGACAAGCCUUUGGUUAGCGGGCAGGAUGUCCAGCUGAAGGCCCCCGUAUCCCUGUUGCUGCUCUUUUUGUAGUUUACACCCUGAGUACAUUUCUUCCCCCCUCGAAUUUUAAAGAUGAAUCAGCAAUGUCAUCUGCAAACCAACACAUCAAAUUACCGAACACAAGUUUUCAUAGUUUAGGUACUUUCAUUGCAUUCAAAUGUGUUACCGCAGGAAAAGUUUAUUCUGAUCUGGGGAUGUUGGAUGAACCCAUUUACGCUGCAUUAACAAAAAGCCUGAAAAUUAAGCCUGUUAAACAGUGGGAAGUUCAGAGUUGCACUUGUAAACAAUUUGAAAUAAAAAAUCUUUUUUCA